UCUCUCGUCUUCUUUCUCUCUUUCGAGCAUAAUUCUCUCUCCCCAAUCUCUCUCAUCUUCUUUCUCUCUUCGGAGAAUUGCUGUGAAAAGUGGGAAAGCCUUAGGGCCUCAAGACUCAAGCCAAUCUUUGGCUCAGUUUAUUCCCUUUCUCACUGAGGGCCUUUGCAGGAGGUUCGCGGAGAUUUUGUCAGAUCGUAUUCGUCAGUUGGCUUCUGGGAAAUUGGAUCAAGAUUCAUUAUCAAAUGGACAUUUUUGUGAGGAUCAAAGGUACUUAGUUGCAGCUUCUUCAAGUUUAACUAUGUCGGAUAGGAGCUCCAAUAGCUAGUCAAAUGGGAACUUUAGGAAAUCAUACAAAAGCUCAACCAACACAUCUGCUUCUAGGGUUCCUACACGCUCAGGAGAAGCCUCUCUCUCCUCCUUAGAAGGUAGCAACUAUGGGGACCGUCGAGUUGCUCAUUGGCGAGGAAAGACGCAUAGAAGUAGGCAGGUUUCCCAGACAGAGGAAUUUGAUGAAAGCUUAACCAACACAUCUGGUUCUAGGGUUCCUAUGCGUUCAGGAGAAACCUCUCUCUCCUCGUUAGAAGGUAGCAGGUAUAGGGACCGUCGGGUUGCUCAUGGGCGAGACAUGAGGGAUAGAAGUGGGCGGUUUUCCCAGACAAAGGAAUUUGAUGAAUCACUCAACUCUGAAGUUCAAAAGAAGAAUUCAUUGAUGAGAGAUGAGAGAGAGUGGAUUCGUUUAACCCAAGUGGCGAGGAAAAAGGACUAUGUAUGCUUGGAAAGGAUCAAUGGGAAACUGGUUAACAUUGUCAAGGGACUUGAGCUGCACACUUGUGUUUUCAACGCUACUGAACAGAAGACCAUUGUUGAUUAUGUUUACAGCCUUCCAGAGAUGGGGAGGAAAAAUGAACUAAGGGAGUGAACUUAUUCACAAUCACAGAAAUGGAUGCAUGGGAAGGGGCGUGUGACCAUGCACUUUGGUUGCUGCUACAAUUAUGCAGUGGAUAAGAAUGGAAACCCACCAGGCAUCAUUCGUAACGAGGAAGUGGACCCCAUUCCUCCCCCCUUCAAAACAAUGAUCAAAACAGUGGUCAGGUAGCAUGUCCUUCCUACGGAUUGUAUUCCCAACAGCUGCAUCGUUAACAUCUACGAUGAAGGAGAUUGUAUACCACCCCAUAUUGACCACCAUGACUUUGUCCGCCCUUUUUGCACGGUGUCAUUCCUCAGUGAACGCAACAUAGUUUUUGGUGCUAACCUGAAAAUCGUGGGACCAGGAGAUUUUGCUGGUUCAUUUUCGAUCCCUUUGCCUGUCGAAUCAGUGCUAAUCUUGAAUGGCAACAGUUCUGAUGUGGCCAAGCACUCUGUUCCAGGUGUUCUGGCAAAGAGGAUCUCAAUAACUUUCAGAAAGAUGGAUCCCCGGAAGAUCCCCAACAAUUUUUCGUCUGAUCCGAACCUUUACACACUGUCUUUUGUAUCAUUAUUUUAUUGUAACCUAAGCUGACUGGCCUUUGACCAUACCUUUGCCAAAGGAGUAGAAAAGGUUGGAACUUGAUUGUGAAGAGGAGGGAGAUUAGGAAAAAAAAUUGACAUCAUUAUUAAUAGAAAAGGCAAAAAAAUGCGGUUUUGAUGGACUGGGGAAUAUGUAUUGUCAUAGUAACAAAGAAAGUGCUAACCAUUAGCCACAAUGAAGGAAAAUAAUUAAUGGCAUUAGGAAAUUAUUUUAUUUCCACUAGUCAUGCAUUAUAGACUUGGGGUGGGAUGUUACUCUAGAAAUGAGCUCCUGUGAUCUGAUUAGCUUGUGGAUGAUAGAGGAUCCAAAGUUUUCUUUAAAGGACGGAGAAAGUGUUGUGGUCCCUAUAUUGAGAAGGGGUUUUCUUGGUUUCCAGAAGCUGGCUUCCAUUGCAUAUUUGUCUUUAUGAAUUGUGGCUGGUGAUUUUUUCUGUGUGGUAUGAGAAGCGUCGCACCGUCUGCCACUGACUCGCAUCUCGUGAGGUCUCCACGGGAUGAAACUGGAAGGUUUCUUAGAUCUCAUAGGACAAAAGGGGGAUUCUAAGGUGCAUGGAAUGGAUGAAUGACUACUGCUUAGGCAUCAAGAGCAGAGUACGGAUGCGGGUCAUUGGUGAGAAAACAUACUUUCGGAAGGGCCUAUGUUUGGGCUACGCUACAUUAAAAGAAGAACACUCUAUGCUAACCAUGGUGGCUUCAAGGCCUGAUGUUACGGUGGCAGAUGUGGUGGAAGAGCAGGGCUGCAAGCUAUAUUUGAAUCCCUUGCUUCAGAAGGGCAUCAAAGGACGAUGAAAUAGAGGUAUGUCAAAAGCUAUAACAUGAGCUCCACUGAUUAUUUUCUUGCAAUAAAAAGAUGGACUGAUUUGGAUUCCAUUAGUAAAGGUGUCCUUUGUAGUGAUAUUCAUGUAUAUAGCUUAUUGGCAUCAUGCACAGAGGAGAUUCUGUCACAGCCAAUGUGGUCCACCCAUUCCCUCUAAAAACAAAGGCCCUUGGAUGACCUGUCGUGUCAAACAAAAUCUUGACAGUGGACAACCUAAGAAAGAAAGGGAUGCUGAAUUUCAAACGUAUGCUUAUUUAUAUGCAAGGAAGCAAUGGGAUCAGUAAGUCUAAGUCAUCUAUUUUGCCUGGAUCCUCUGCAACAAUUACUUGGUCUUUUGCAUUAAGCCUAUGUUAUUUCAAAUGGGUAUCGGCAGCCUCGGUGGAGUCCCUCUUGAGUUAGUUUCACUUAUUGUAUGGAGACUGAAAUUUUUUGUGAUUGUGAGGCUUAUAUGGCUUGAAAGGAACAACAUGAUGCUUAGGAUCAAAACGAGGAGGUGGAAGAUAUAAAGGACAACACAACUUAUAUGCCAUAGUCUAGAUCAAAAGAGUAAGGAUAAGCUGUUAGGGAUUUUAAAACAAAUUGGAAGAAGAUUGGCAGAACAGAUUUCUGAAAAGAAGUUUGGUCCAACAAAUUGGUACUUCCCCUGAGGGUGACUUAACCUGCUCAGGGAGCACCAUGGGAAGAUGUUCAUGACUUCGUAUGGGCCUGUAUGCUUGCAAGUCAAAUGAGAUGAGGAUGUGCUGAAUGCUUAUAGGCUACGACUUCUGAAGAAGAGAAGGGGUGCAAUAUGCAUCGAGGGGGACUUAUACAAUGCUAUUGGGUUCUCUUGGCAGCUAAACAAUGGUCUAAAAAAUCUUGGAAUAUUUUGCAAAGCUAAGGGCAACCUUACAUUCAUGGUGAGUAAUGAAGGAGUGGAUGUGCUGGCCAGAGAAGGGGUAACUACAUCCUAUCUACUAGUGUUUGACUUUUUCAGAGUGUUGGUUAAGAUCUUGUGGAGUUGGUGUACAUGGACUCAGUUUUGUAAGGAAAGGAUAUACACUUAUUUGUACAUCAUCUUUUGAUGUUGAUGAAAUUUAGCUCAAAAUAAGAUAGGGAUUGAACAUUCAUGAGGCAAUAGACUCAAUCAAAUUGACUCUCAGAACUCUCAUUUGUGGGGUUUGUUAAUUGUGAAGGCACUAUUUAUAAGCACAUAGAAAAAGUACCAAUGAUCAGAAAAAGGAAACCAGAUUGGGAAACUAUAAGAAUACUUCCUAUAAUUUAGAUAAGUAGAUCCAACAGAAGCCACUUGCUGUAGUUGAUGUUAUUGUACAA